AUGAAUGCACAAGGGGGUAACACAGAGGAAGUUCAAGGUAAUGCAACUUCAAACACAGUAGAGGAAGGGGGUGUUUUAGACAACACAAGCAGCACUGUAGGCUACAGAGAUAAUUGGCCAUCUUUCUGGUUGAAUUACGAGGGAGGGUACGAGUCAGAGCAAAGAGAUAGUGAGGAUGAAGGCUCAUUAGAUGAAAGUGACAUAGAAGAAUUCAAGAACAAGCUCCAGCCCCAUCUCAGGUUAAGAAAACUCAGGAUGAGGAAGAAGAUUAAGUAUCCAUUCUUCAAUGAGGACAUGGAUAUGAGUUCAGUGUACUUUGCACCUGGAUUGAAGUUUACAUCAAGGAAGGAAAUAAAUGAUGGGCCUAGCUGUGAAUAUGAACAAGUUUGGCAAAUUAAAAGCAUUCAACCAUUGCACACUUGCAGUAGAACAUUUAAGAAUAGGUUAAUUACAGAAAAUUGGGUGGCACAUGAGUUCCUAGAUAAAAUUUUAAGAAAUCCCAAGAUGAAACCAAGGGAAAUCUGUGAAGAAAUAACUGCAAAUUAUAAGAUCAAUGUCACUCUUAGAAAAUAUCAGAGGGCAAAGGAUAAGGCAUUGAAUGCUAUAGAGGGACUGAUGGCAAGACAAUAUGGGUUGCUUAAACCCUAUGUGAAUGAAAUCUGUAGAUCAAAUGAGGGGAGUACAUGUGUGCUUAAAGUGGUGGGUGGAGGAUCACGCCCAUGCACAUUUCAAAGAAUCUAUGUGUGCUUUUCUGCUUUGAGGGAUGGAUUUGUCAAGUGUUGUAGACCUAUUUUUGGUCUUGAUGGAUGCUUUCUAAAGCAUGCUUGUGGUGGUCAAUUACUGUGUGCUGUUGGUAGAGAUGAUGGUGAAGGUUGGACUGUUCUUUCAGAUCAACAAAAGGGACUAGUUCCAGCUAUUCAUAAAAUCUGGUCUUCAAUAGAGCAUAGGCAAUGUGCUAGGCAUAUUUACUCUAACUGGAGGAAAAUACAUGGUGGUAGGCAACUUCAACGUGUUGAUAACAACAUGUCUGAGACAUUCAACUCAUUCAUACUUCUUGCAAGAUAUAUACCAAUAAUAUCUAUGUUAGAGGAUAUUAGAUUGGCUUUAAUGGAUAGAAUGCAAGAAAAAAGGAAACUGAUUAACAGGUUUGUGGAUGAGAUUUCUCCUAGAAUUCAGAAAAGGCUGAAAGAUGCUUAUAAUGAGCAAAUAAAUUGUGUUCCACAUUGGAAUGGUUCUGGAGAUGAAAGUGGCUUUGAAGUCAUUCAUAGAGGGGUCAGUCACGAGGUUCAUUUGGGUAAUAGAACAUGUUCAUGUAGAGAAUGGGAGUUGACAGUGAUUCCUUGUGCUCAUGCUAUAAGUGCUAUCAUGUUAAUGAGACAUAAGCCUGAAGAUUAUAUUGCACAUUGGUAUAAAUCUGAGAACUAUGUAGCCACCUAUGCCAACUUAUUGAAUCCAGUUGAAGGUAGCAGAUUUUAG